GCCCCCACAGGUUCGUCGCUGUACCCAUCAUGGCGCUGAUUGCUAACUUCGGAAUUCCCAAGUGGGUCCGCGAGAAGGUCGUCAACGGGAUCCAGCUGGGAAUCUACCUGUACGCCCACACUGUCUUCCUGGUGAUCACGCGGCCAUCAGCUGCCAACCACAACUUCCCAUACCACGUCCGCACCUCCCAGAUUGGCACCGUGGACACCGACUUGGACAAGUUCCCUCACCAUGUCUACGGCAACGCCGGAUUGGGGGUCCCCUCGGUCCCUAACUUCACCGAGCUGUUCUCCAUCGGCACAUCCAAUGGGACCCGCAAUGUG